CUUAGAUAAUAGGUACUUAGGUACAUUAUACCUUAGAGCUAUCUGUGGCUUGAGCUUCAGGCGUCCCCCCCUCUAGCGUUUGGCUACAGGGAGCUUCGUAACUCUGGCAGCCUUGCGUACCUACCUCUAGCUCACGUCAACCUCGCCGAAAUCCCAAGUCAUUCUUGAGCAUUACCACAGCUCACAACGCACCUCUUCAGACCCUAUCCAAAUCUUUUUUUUUCUUAAUUUCUACCACUCUUCAACAUGGCGUCGGGAUACGAUAGAGCUCUUUCCGUGUUCAGUCCGGAUGGACACGUCUUCCAGGUAGAAUAUGCCGGUGAAGCUGUGAAGCGAGGUACCUGCGCCGUCGGCGUGAAAGGUGCAGAUAUCGUCGUGCUAGGUUGCGAGAAGAGAUCGGCUAUGAAGCUGCAAGACACGCGCAUUACCCCCUCCAAGAUCGGCCUCAUCGACACCCACGUCUGCCUCGCAUUUGCGGGCCUAAACGCCGACGCCCGAAUCCUAGUAGACAAGGCGCGACUAGAGGCGCAAUCGCACCGCCUGACGGUUGAGGAUCCGGUAUCGAUCGAGUACAUUACCAAGUACGUCGCCGGCGUGCAGCAGAGAUAUACGCAGAGCGGUGGUGUGCGACCCUUCGGAAUCAGCACGAUGAUCGUAGGCUUCGACAAGGGCAGCAAAGUGCCUAGACUUUAUCAGACCGAGCCGAGCGGUAUCUACUCCGCGUGGAAAGCAAACGCCAUCGGCCGCUCGAGCAAGACGGUCCGAGAAUUCUUAGAGCGCAACUACAAGGAAGAUAUGGAUCGCGAGGCAACCAUUCGGCUGGCUAUUAAGUCGCUACUGGAAGUCGUGCAGACGGGUGCAAAGAACAUCGAAAUCGCCGUCAUGGCUCCUGGAAAGACGCUUGAGCUAUUGCCGGUGGAAGACAUCGAGGGCUACGUCAAGAAUAUCGAGCAGGAGAAGCAGGAGGAAGCCGCUAAGAAGAAGACCGGUCGAACACCGGGGACCGGUAGCGCGGCUAUCCUAACUAGAGAGCGGGAAGGCGGUAGUGAUUAAGCAUGAGGCGCAGCCGAGGUUUUAUAUGGCUUUAGAAGAUGAACAAUAAGGGCAUGUCACUAUUAGUACACUAUCAGCCCAAAAGCGUGCACCAUCGUC